GUCGGAACUAUUUCGUCACAACUUAUUUUCUCUCGUCUCUCCUCCAUUCGCAACACCAACUCACUCCCCCCCCCAAAAUGUCGUCGCAUCAAUUCGAACCCCUUCAAAAUGAUCUUCUUCUCAGAGCUGCUCGAGGCGAGAAGAUAGAACGCCCUCCAAUAUGGAUUAUGCGACAAGCUGGCCGCUACCUCCCCGAAUACCAUCAGGUAAAGGCCAAAAAUGACUUCUUCGAAUGCUGUCGCUCCCCCGAAAUCGCCUCCACUCUCACUUUACAGCCCAUCGAGCGCUAUUCAGGGCUCAUUGAUGCCGCCAUCAUCUUCUCCGACAUCCUCGUCAUCCCACAGGCCAUGGGAAUGACCGUCGAAAUGAUCGACAAGAAAGGGCCCAGCUUCCCGGAACCACUAAAAUCCCCCGACGACCCGCAGUACCGCCAGGUGCUAGACAAGAAAGUCGACGUCGCAAAAGAACUCGACUACGUCUACAAAGCCAUCACACUCACACGACACAAGCUGAAGGGCCGCGUACCGCUGAUCGGCUUCUGCGGCUCACCCUGGACCCUGCUCUGCUAUAUGGUCGAAGGGGGCGGGAGCAAAAUGUUCAUCCAGUCCAAGACGUGGGUGUAUCGAUAUCCCGAGGCGACGAAGGCGCUGCUGCAGAAGAUUGCAGAGAUCUGCGUCGAAUACCUUGCCCUGCAGGUCGCGGCGGGUGCGCAACUCGUGCAGGUCUUCGACUCGUGGGCUGGCGAGCUGUCGCCGUCGUCGUUUGCGGAAUUCUCGCUGCCAUAUCUGCGCUAUAUCUCUGCGAAUUUGCCGAAGAGGCUGGCGGGGAUGGGCCAGGAGGUCGUGCCCAUGACGGUCUUCGCGAAGGGGGCGUGGUAUGCGCUGGAUGCGCUGUGUGACUCUGGGUAUAAUGUUGUGGGCCUGGAUUGGUUGCAUGAUCCGGCGGAAGCUAUGAAAAUUGCCCGAGGCAGGGUUACGUUGCAGGGCAAUGCGGAUCCGGGCUGCUUGUAUGGCACCCGUGAGUCGAUUACUGCGAUUGUGGAAAAUAUGGUGCAGGGCUUCUGGGGUGAGAAGCGUGGAUGGAUUGCAAAUUUGGGUCAUGGAAUUACUCCUCUUGUUGACCCAGAGGACUUGAAAUUCUACUUCCGGGAAAUUCACCGCCUAACAUCCGCAUGAAUGAGAGAAUAAAAGGGCCAAUGGAAGGUUACAAAAAGUUAGAUAGAAAAGAUCAAGGGGGGAAGCUUCGAGCUUGUUUACGGUCAUGAUAUGUACACAAACAUCAGCUAGAAAAAAUCAACAUACAGAACGCAUUGACAUAUGUUUAUGGUGAUCCAAUCCAAUCCAAAAGUCCGCGCCUAUAUUUAAAAUCUAAACCCCCUUUCUUCUUUCUACCUCUGCGUUUAUCCAGUCCAACGUUAUAGUCUCACAGCCCAAGAUCAUCCUUCCUAAUAAACAAAACCCGAUCAGCACAAUCCAAUAGACUACACCAAGAAGCAAAAAUAAAAAACAAAAUAGCCGUCUUCCCAGUCCACUCACCAAAUGUCAGGCCUCUCCUGAAUAAACUUCUGCACCAUCUCUAUACACUCCUUAUUAUCCAGCACAACAACUUCCACCCCUCUAUUAAUCAGGUACUGCUCGCCGCCCAUGAACGUGGUGUUCUCACCCACCACAACCCGCUUCAACUUGUAUAGCACGCAGGCACCGGUGCACAUGUCGCACGGGGACAUGGUGGUGUACAUUGUUGCGCCAACGUAGGUGGAGGCCGGUAGCCGGCCGGAGUUUUCGAGUGCGGCGAUCUCACCCUAUUAAGGCGGGAAUUUUGGUUUUAGUUAACUUAUAUAUUGUAAUUCAGUAUGGAGAGUCAUUUUGGGUAUAAUUUUGAAAUAUCCCCCUGUUUGUUAUACUCCCCGUAUAUAGAAUUAUCUAAAGAAUGAACGAAUUUCGAAACAAUAGAAUAAACCAACAAGAGGGAAAAAAAAAAGGGGAACAGACAUGUAAAGUAGCGCUCCCUUUCUGCA